UGAGUAUUUAGUAAAUUGACUUCCGAGCUUGAUUGACAACUGCACGGGUAGCCCUAUAUUAUUAAUGAUUUGUUAGUUGCAUGUAAACGCAUUGCAUGCUCCACAUUCGUUGCAAUUAUGAUGUGGAGCGCAAAUAUAUCAUUGGAAGUGCUUUUUUUGAUGUCUUGGGUUUGUGCUGAGCUAGCCAAGCACAACACGGUGAAAAGUACUUUCGAGGCCGAGGUCAACCGACGUUUAACCAGAAAGGGCAGUGUCAAUGAUGGUCAUACAUCCAACAAUGAAGCAUCUUUAGACUCAAAGGCCCUGGAAAAUGAAAAUAAAAUAUAUGUGCCCAACUGGAAGUACAUCAUAGAUUCCAAGGCUACCCAUGAAAAGGGAAUGCAAUCUCAUUUCAACCAGCCAUUGUAUCACUGUGGCCAUGAAAGUAUUUCAAUCAGGCUUCAUCUUAUCCGACUGGCUGACUUCUACUUCAUGAAAGGUACAUUACCUCCACUCUCACUGAGAAUGUUGCCAAAAGAGUGCCACCAUGUUGAGAUGGAACGUGGGCCAUGGCUGCUGAUUAGGUUACCCUACCAAGGUUGCUACAUGACCCAAUGGAUUGAUGGGGCAGUCCAGUACCAUUCUAUGAAUCUGAUGUACUUUGAUCGUCUCCUGAUGAAGAAUGUGACUGGCAAUGCAAUUUGUCAGAUUCCAACCACCUCUCCUACCUCUGAGGUUAGCUGUGGAAAGAAGAGCAUGACUGUAAAGCUACCAGCUGGAACCCAUAGGACUAUGAGAGUGCUUGGUCCACAAGCACAGGAUGAAUACAACGUAUCACUAUUAGCGAGUAGUCAUGCUUUGUUUGUGAAGUUUUCACAAAAAGUAAAGACAGAGUACGACGGUAUGUCCCUGCAACUCGUAUAUCAGAACUUUGCUGGAGAGAUGUCCACUGUGAAGAUGUCGUGUUCCUCCAGACGUCCCAAGUCAAGGCGUUUCACAAGAGAGGUUGAUGAAACUUUUUUGGAUUUUUGGGAGUUUCAAGACAUUGCACUUAAACCAUACAUUCCAGACGAGACCAGCAAAGCUCAAUCAUAUUUUGAGAACUAUGAUUUCCAAGAUAUGCCUGAAGCUCCUUAUGUUCCUACCUUGGCACCUCAGACUACAAAGCGAGCACAAACUGCGCCCACCAGGCCAUCACUGACCAAAACAUUUCCUACACGCUCCCCGGCCCCAAAUGUCCUAGAUGAUGAGUUCUGUGGUUUCCAACAACUGUUUGCUAUUCCUUGUGUUCCUGCCACAAUAUCACUGACUAAGAAGCCAGUGCCAACCACCACCUCCCCUAUGCCACUGACCAAAAUACCAUUUGCCACGCUAGAUCUAUAUGAUUUUGAGUACUAUGGUUUCGAAGAUAUGCCAACAGCUCCUUAUGUUCCUACCCUAGCACCUCGGACUACAAAACCAGCAUGUACUGCAACUUUAUGGCCAUCAUUGACCAAUAAAGUCCCUACACGCUCCCCUACCCCUCUCUUCAGAGCCCACCACCACCACAGCAGAGCCCACUACGACAACAGUGGAGCCCUGCACCACUACAGCAGAGCCCACUACGACAACAGUGGAGCCCUGCACCACUACAGCAGAGCCCACUACGACAACAGUGGAGCCCUGCACCACUACAGCAGAGCCCACUACGACAACAGUGGAGCCCUGCACCACUACCACGACGACAGUGGAGCCCUGCACCACCAUCACCACGACGACAGUGGAGCCCUGCACCACCAUCACCACGACGACAGUGGAGCCCUGCACCACCAUCACCACGACGACAGCGGAGCCCUGCACCACCAUCACCACGACGACAGCGGAGCCCUGCACCACCAUCACCACGACGACAGCGGAGCCCUGCACCACCAUCACCACGACGACAGCGGAGCCCACCACCACCAUCACGACAGCGGAGCCAACCACCAUCACCACGACGACAGCGGAGCCCACCACCACCAUCACGACAGCGGAGCCAACCACCAUCACCACGACGACAGCGGAGCCAACUGCCAUCACCACGACAGCAAAGCCCACCACUACAUUAAUAUGCCAUGCCAUGCCACCGUCUACCACAAUGGAUCCAGAAGAUCUUGA